CUUAGUGAUUACAAAAAAGCCAUAGAGUACCACAACCUACAUCUUGAAAUAGCUAAAGAAGUAGGAGACAAGCAUGGGGAAGGUGGUGCUUAUAGUGAUCUUGGCAUUGCUCAUUGCAGUCUUGGUGAUUUUAAAACAGCCAUAGAGUACCACAACCUACAUCUUAAAAUAGCUAAAGAAAUAGGAGACAAGCAUGGGGAGGGUGGUGCUUAUUGCAAUCUUGGUAGUACUUAUAGCAUUUUGGGUGAUUUGAAAAAAGGCAUAGAGUACCUCAACUUAAGUCUUGAAAUAGCUAAAGAAGUAGGAGACAAGCAUGGGGAGGGUAUAAUUUAUGGCGGUCUCUGUAAUACUUAUUGCGGUCUGGGUGAAUAUGAAAAAGCCAUAGAGUACCAGAACCUACAACUUAAAAUAGUUGAAGUGGUAGGAGACAAGCAUGAGAAGAGUAACGUUUAUUGCAAUAUUGGCAAAAUCUCUCGGAGUCAGGGGGAUUUCAAAAAAGCCAUAGAGUAUCACAGCCUACAUCUUAAGAUAGCUAAAGACGUAAGAGACAAGCAUGGAGAGGUUGUUGCUUAUAGCAAUCUUGGCAAUGUGUAUCGAACGCUGGGAGAUUUGAUAAACGCCAAUAAGUCAUACAAUCUAAUGCUCAAAAUUGCCAAAAAGAUCGAAGACAAAUCCUUGGAGGCAUUGGCGUUCUUUUAUCUAGGAUGCGUUUCUAGGUCGCUGGGUCGACUGCCCAAAGCCGUUGAACAUUAUCAAGCUAGCAUAACCUUAUACAAUUCCUUGAGAGUACUUCUAAAAUCUGAAGAUGAGUGUAAAGUUAACUUUCGAAAUUAUCAUCAAGGCGCGUAUACGUGUUUGUGGAGUGUUCUCGUAAAGCAAGGUAAUAUAAAUGAAGCCUUACUUGCUGCUGAGAAAGGACGAGCUCAAGCUCUGAUCGACCUCAUGGAAUCCCGUUUUUGUGGUGGAGCAAGUCAGCACAAGGGAAGCGUUGAAGAUCUAGCAGUUUUAAAAAACGUUCCAUCAAACACUGUCUUUCAAGCAGUGGGCAAUGCUCAACUCAAUCUUUGGGUUGUGUCCGAAGGAAAACAAGUUCAGUUAAGACAAAAUAAACUCAAUGGUUCUGUAUCAGAGAAUAGUGGAGCUAGCCAGUCCUUUGAGUCGCUCAUACUCUGUGUCUAUACACAACUUGGUGUUCGUGCUAAUGUGAGAUGCGAGGAUCGAUCUUUGGGUGCUUUGAGGAAGAGCCAUUCAAAAGUGGAUGAGAAAACUAAAGAAGACAACCCUCAACCUCCCAUCCAACAAGACAAAUAUUUAAGCACUUUGUUUGAUAACGUUAUUAAGCCGGUGGCUGACCUGGUUCAAGGGGAUGAGCUAGUCAUUAUUCCCGAUGGACCCCUGUGGCUCGCUCCUUACGCUGCAUUCAAGGAUGGUAAUUCUAAAUACAUGUGCGAAUCGUUCAGAAUCCGACUCGCUCCAUCGUUAACAAGUCUUAGACUCAUUGCCGAUUGCCCAGAUGAUUAUCACAAAGGCAGUGGUGCGUUACUUGUUGGAGAUCCGUGGGUAGCCGAGGUUACUAACAGCAAGGGAGAGAAACUCCUCAAACAGCUUCCGUUUGCAAAAGAAGAAGUAGAAAUGAUCGGAAAAAUUCUGAAUAUCGCGCCAAUCACUGGCAGAGAGGCCACAAAACGUGAGGUGUUGAAAAAACUCGGUUCCGUUUCUUUAGUUCACUUUGCGGCACAUGGAUGUAUGGAAACUGGCGAAAUUGCUCUUACACCUAACCCAGACCGGAUAUCUACUGUGCCAACGGAGGAGGAUUACAUUUUAACAAUUGGAGAUGUGUUGACUGCUCAACUUCGCGCCAAACUUGUUGUGCUCAGUUGCUGCCACAGUGGUCGGGGCGAGAUUAAGGCUGAAGGUGUGGUUGGCAUUGCGCGCGCUUUUAUGGGGGCUGGUGCUAGGUCUGUUGUGGUGUCCCUGUGGGCGAUUGAUGACGAGGCUACUCUCGAGUUCAUGAAAUGCUUUUAUCAACACCUUGCGGAAGGUAAACCUGCAAGCGAGUCACUGAACCUGGCCAUGAAAAGCCUCAGAGAAUCAGACAAGUUCCGCGACAUCAAAUACUGGGCACCCUUUUCGCUGAUUGGAGAUGACGUCACUCUGGACUUCAUGGCAAAGGAAAGAAAAAUUUGA